AAUAAAUUCAUUGCAAAAAUAUGGGAACUACAAACAGUUGUUGUGCAGACAGACUCCUCAAAGCCAACACUCAGGAACCAAUUUGAAACCUGAAUACACAAAAUCCAACUAUUUCAAAUAAUUCAAAGCUUGAGACUAAGAAAAUCUCAAGAGAAAACACAAGGAAAACUGAUGUAUCAGCCAGAAUUCAUGAAGAAGAGCCUGUGAAAAAUCUGAAGGCUGGGAGAAAUAAGAAAAAGCAAGGAAGAUACAAAUCCCCGGCUUUGCAUAAAAGAGGAAAGUAUGGAGUCUCUAAGAAAAACAAUAACAUUGAGUCAAUAGAUAUAGUCAGGAAGCCCAAGUUGAACAAAAAGACUCUUGGAGUGAAUACAACUCUUUCUGUUCCAACUAAAAUGAUGUUGAAGAAUGGAUCCAAAAAUUCUAAUAGGUUAGGCUCAUAUCAGAAAAAUGAGAAUCUUGCUUCCAGACGAAACAGCUCUAAGAUGACCUAUGAAGGAAUUCUAAAUGACUUCUGAAAGAUGAGGGUGAAGUAUCACAAGCAGCAAACCUCUCUUCCAAUUUCUGACGAGGAAGACCCAAGAUCUACAACUGACAGUGAGAAGCCUAAUAAGGUCAAGAUUAUUAGCUGUGGAAACUUAUUAUACCAUAACAAGAAUGGGUUUAAGAUAUAAAGACUUAAUAUAGCAUCUUAAA